CCGCGGCUCCCCAGGGCUGCCGACCCGGGCGGAGGCUGCGGCUGCGGCUGGCCCUGCGCGGGGCGCCGCUGCCCUCGGCGGAGCCGGGCGCUGUCAUGCGGCCGCGGCGCGGGCCGCUGCCUCCCCGAGACGCCGUGUAGGCGCGGGAAGGGGACACCGGAGGGCUGAAGAUGAAGGUGCCCGUGCCCGGGCCCCCACUGAUUGCCAGCCCCUCCCGAGCCCGCGCCCCGCGCCGAGCGGGCGGCCGCGGAGGACCCGCCUUCGCCGCAGUAGCAGCUGGAGCAGCGACAGAAGCGGCGUCGGCGGCGCCCGUCGCCCGAGCGUGCGGAGCGGCGGCGGCAGCUCUGGGGCCGCCGCUGCCCCGGCUGCCAUGAGUUGUGCGGAGGUGAUGUAUCACCCCCAGCCGUAUGGAGCGCCCCAGUAUCUGCCCAACCCCGUGGCAGCUGCAGCCUGCCCUACAGCCUGCUACCACCCGGUGCCCCAACCUGGCCAACAGAAGAAGUUAGCGGUAUACAGCAAGAUGCAGGACUCUCUGGAAGUCACCCUUCCCAGCAAACAAGAGGAGGAGGAGGAGGAGGAGGAGGAGGAGGAGGAGGAGAAAGACCAGCCUGCCGAGAUGGAGUACCUUAACUCUCGCUGUGUCCUUUUCACUUAUUUCCAGGGAGACAUUGGGUCAGUAGUGGAUGAACACUUCUCAAGAGCUUUGGGCCAAGCCAGCACCCUCCAUCCAGAAUCUGCCAUUUCAAAAAGCAAGAUGGGGCUAACCCCCCUGUGGCGAGACAGCUCAGCUCUCUCAAGCCAGCGGAGUAGUUUCCCGACCUCCUUUUGGACCAGCUCUUACCAGCCCCCUUCUGCACCUUGCCUGGGGGGAGUUCAUCCUGACUUCCAGGUCGCUGCACCCCCGGGCACCUUUACUGCAGCAGAGCCCAGCCCCUGGCCAGGACCUGGCCUGCAUCAGACUGGCCCAGCCCCUCCCCCUCCUGUGUCUGAGUCCUGGCACUACCCUUUGGCAUCUCAGGUGAGCCCAUCCUACAGCCAUAUGCAUGAUGUGUACAUGCGUCACCACCACCCCCAUGCCCACAUGCACCACCGCCGUCACCACCACCACCACCACCACCACCCUUCUGCUGGCUCUGCCCUGGAUCCCUCCUAUGGGCCUCUGCUGAUGCCAUCAGUGCGUGCAGCCAGGAUUCCUGCUCCCCAGUGUGACAUCACAAAGACAGAUCCGACUACGGUCAGCACUGCUACCUCAGCAUGGGCCGGAGCCUUUCAUGGAACCGUGGACUUAGUGCCAAGUGUGGGGUUUGAUACAGGUCUACAGCAUCAACACAAGAACAAGGAAUCACCGUGGUACUGAACCACAGUAUUAGUAAGUCCGGAUGGAGCAUGAAUCUACAGGCCCACUGGGAGAAGUUGCUGCCAGGAUUCCCCGUUGUACAGUGGGACGAGAGGAUGAAGUACCAUCCAGCUGACUUGGGUUUGGAGCCUCUUCUUGAGAAAGCAUAGUGGGUCCGAGACAUUGAAGAAAAGCAUUUUUGUUUCUUUUUCCCCUCAUCUGAGCCUUGCCAACUGUGCAACUCUCCUUUUUUUGGUCUUGCUUUUUUCAAUAUGUGGUUUAAUUUUUGCUUCAUUUUGGGUUUUUUUUUUCUUAUUGAACCAGCCACCUUAUCAGGAAAAGAUGAACCACAAGUGAAAAUGCUCAUUCUUUCAGGAAUACAAUUUUGUAGCUCUAUGUGUAUCUAUUUUUGUAGAAAUACAGAAAGUUUGAUUUAACAUUGAUGGGCUAUUUUUGAGGGAUGUAUUUUUUUUAAUAUUGUAAAAAUUGUUAAGUUCUGUUUAAAGAACUUGCUCUCAGAGAAGCACUGGCAAAAAUGUUUAAAAUGCUUGUCUUUAAGAUGUCUGUGAUAUGCUCUGUGCUUUCUAGGUACCUCAAGUGUUUGAUAGUUUCUCCUUUUUACAAAAGUAGCACCAUAGCCAAGCCAAUACAGUAUCAUUUUACAUUAAAUCUCAGUGAAGAUUUAAUUCUAUGUUAGCUCACUUAGCUUUGAGUUAUGUGUAUAGGUUGAAAAACUAGUUUUUUAAUGGCUACACUAAAGAGAGGAUAUUUCAUUACUUUGAAUUCUUCCAAAGUGUACUUGGAGGAUGACUAAGAAGAAAGUUUGCAUAAACUUUCAAUCAGAGGGAGAGUUUACCUAAAGUAUGUAAUUCUCUUUCUAGUCCAUCCGACUUUGAUAAAUGCAACCAGAGUUUAUAUCUAUUACUGGAAAAAAGUACAUUUAGCCAUGCUCCCUUUGAGUGCCAGUGACUUAUUUUACUUGUUUCUAAUUAUUCAUUCAUAGUAGUUGUUAUAUUUUAAGUGGGUUUUUGUUUUUUACUGGAGAUAGUUUGAAGGGAUAAUAUUUGGGAAGAUAUUAGACACAUCACAAAAUCUUUAAUUCAAUUUCUGGUUCUGAAAAUGUUGCCCAUCAUUGUAAAUUGCAAAAUAAUAUAUUGUAUAGGUAAUUUUUAGACAUAGGUUUUUGCAAGUUUUUUUUUUUUGUUUAAAAGUUGAUUUAGUUGAUUUAGUUCUGUAUUUAGUCGAUUUAAUUCAUUUUAGGAAACAUCUUCAGGGCAAAAUGAAAUUUCAAUUGGGAUUUAUGCCACAAUUACUGAAAUUAGCUUAAUAAAUUGACAAUUUAUUAUUUGAAGUUUAUUACUGAACACCCAGGAUUCAACUUGACACGGGCCUCAGGAUCUAAAUAAACUGAGGUUGGAAUUACCAUUAAGAUCCUGUUAGGAAAAGAUUAAGAUUGUGGAAAUAGCAGUUACUAAUAUUUUAAGGAAGGCAAAGUCCAUUCUUUCUUCCAGCUGCUUCUAGAGAUGGGUCAUGUUAAAAUGUCAGUGUUACAUAAAAGUUUCAGUUAGGUAAAAAAGUUUCUCAAAUUUCUCCCAUGCCUGUCCUCACCCAUGUGAGAUGCAGUGUUUAGUGAAACAGCACGUGUGUGUAUCAUUUGUAUGAACAUUUUAGAUUUACGAGCAACAAAACUUCUGCUUAGCUAGGCAGAAUUAUCACAAAUAAUUUUAAAACAUUUCCCUCAGCUCCAUUCAUGUUCUUUACUGGUGCAUUUGGUGAGCUGUAAAUCCGUGUACUCUGUACUCUCGUCACUGCAGCCAGUGUCGCCACGUUUAUACCUAAUGUGAGGUCCAAGCUUAAGGUAUCUUCCAUUUCCUGAGGAUACUAACUUAGAUGUCUAGGGAGUGGUUUGGUUAAAUCAUCUAUAUUUUGAUUUACAAUUUGAUCUGACAUAGUUGUUUGUACUUUGCCCAAAUCUGUGGAGCACAGAGUUGAAGGAAUCUAUAAAAUUGGUUUCAUCUUUGUCCUCCUGAGUUUUCAAAGGCAAGUAUUCAGCAGUUUCACGAGAUGACUCACUGGGGAUUAUUUAUUUUCCUCCCCUUCCCUUGAAACCUAUUAACUUCCUUUGCAAUUUCUCUUAGAACAAUGUUGUAUUCCAAUCAUUCAGAUCAUUCAGUUGUGUUUUCCCAAUUUAGAGAAGAAGAGAAGUUAUAUCCUUCUUCUCCUUUCCUUGUUCUCCCCUGAAAUAUAUUGAAAGAAAGAAAGCAGACAAUUAGGUAGCUUCAUCCUGAAUUUAGUGUGUGCUCUGUGUCACUCCUGGUAACUACAGAAUAAAACAUUCCUUGUCUGUGGGGCUUCAAGAAAAAUUGGAGACCUAAAUUCUGCUGUACACAGGAAAGAUUCAUAAGUGAGAUCUCCCAUUGAGCACAGGUCCACGUAUUGUUGCAAUAUUGUAAGGGUUAGAUCCCGGCAUAUUCAAGGUUAAUCUACAUCUAAGUAAAAAGAAAAUUGGACAUGUCUCUGUAACCUUAUUCAAGCUUUAUAAGGAUUUGUAAGCUAAACCCUAGAAAAUCAUCUCACUUAUUUGACAUCUAAUCUGUGCUCUGGCCACUCAACUACUAUGAGCUAAGGAACUACAUAAUAGUGACAAGUUAGAUCCUAACAGGUCAUUUAGUCCCCGUUUCUUGCAAAAGAAUCUCUAGACUUUUUAAAAAACAACAUUUCUUCUUAAGAAGGUUGACUACUCUCUCCUAACUUGUCUCUCUAAUUUUUCUCUUUUCUCUUUCCUCUUACAAUUAUUUACAUUAUUAUUUUAAGCAAAAAUGGCCAGGAUUGCUCUAAAUUCUGCAAAUGAGAACAAAUGGAUUACAAACAAUCAAAGAAUUAAUUUCCUUAACUUUAUAACAAACUUUGGAAAAGGAACAAAUUGUAGACACUGGCAUAAAACAUGCCCUCGAGGAGCUGGUUAUUCAUUAUGCAAAUAGUUUUGCAGAAUAUAUCUAGCUUUUCCAUUUGGUGUCUGGUUUAAUGUUACAUUUGUAAUUUAAAGUGGCAAUCGGAAUCUAUAUUUCAAGAAACUGCAUUCUAUCCUUUACUGAGUGUCCCUUUGUGACAUAGUAUUUGGGGAAUUAAGUCAAUGAGGCAGUGGCAUCAAGUUGUGAAAAAGGAAAGUACUUACGUUAGAAUUCUGAUGGAGUGCUGAAUAGCAAAAUGAAUUAAUGGAAAAGAGUACUGGCUUAUGCAUUAGACAUUCUCUGAAUUCUGGCUUAGCCAUGAUUAGAUGCAUGUUAUUUUUGGCUUCAUUUACAUAUCUCAUGAGUAAAGUAGGAUGUAAUACCUGACUGGCAGGCUGUGAAGGUUGGAAGUCAUGUAUAUAUAUAAUCAAUCAUCUGGCUCAUAGUAGAUGUUCAAUAAAUGUCUCUUAGUUGAGUAAGUACAUCAUAAAUUUGAGCUCUGAAAUGUCCCUUCUCUUCUUUACUUUCCAUAUGCAAUUCUACAGCAAUCAAAUAGACAUAUGACCAUGCUUUUUCCGUAACAAAUUGUUGCAAGAGUAUCUUUGUCUUCUACUGGCUAUUAAAGAUAAAAUGUAAAUGUUUUAAUUAUCUCUGAUACUUUAGUGUGCCAUUUAUGAAGGAAAAUAAAUUAAUCUAUUAGUGGUAUGUAGGUCCGACUGUGAGUUUUCUUACGUAUUCCAGCAUUUUAUUCAUCCAGGACCCUAUGUAUUAUUUUUUCCAAAAUUAAGGCAAUAGUUUCAUUAGAUCACUAACAUUUAUAUUUUGCAGUUAUAAUUUGAGCUUCCUUAGUACCUGGAAUAAAUCUCCUUUGAAGUUACCUGAUUUUUUUUUUUUUACUUGCCUUGGAGGAAAACUUGCAAAAUACAGUGGAAAAAAAUUAUGCACAUAAAAAGGGGAGGGAAAAAAAACAGCCCUUUACGAUCCCAGUCAGCAGAUUUACUUUACUUGAGGAAAAAAGAAACAACUUUAUUGGAAGCAGAUGUUGACACUGUGUCAGUUACUAAAGAUGGAAAGAGUUACUUGAACCAUUGCAGUUCCAAAAAGGUAUUGAUGGCAGUUACAAUUCCUGUGAUUGAUCACCUUCACAGCAGUAGAGGACAGCAGAAAGGCAGAACCUGAAUGAGAUCAAGACUGAAAUCAGCCUGCCAAUUUUAAUAUUUGGGAUACUAACGAUUCAGUUUUAUUUUGUGGUGUUUUGUUGUAUUUUAUUUUGUUGUCUUUUUCUUUCCUCCAGGAUAAAAGACACGUCUUUCAGAUAACUUAAGGCUUGUUUGAGAGAGGAAUUAAAAUGUAUUCUCUAAAAACAUGAUUCAAGAGCCCUUUAAAUUUAUGUUAAGUUGUUAAAACUAUCUUUGAAGUUGUUUUAGGAAAAUCAAGUUAAAGUUUUAGUUCAGUAACGUGUGUUAAAGAAAAAUAUGUAUACACAAAAGUGAAUGAUUGGAUAUUGGGGUAUGGAUGGGGCCUGCAAGGAAAAAUCAGCCUCAAUAGCUUCAAAAUGUUCAUUAAACUUUGGUAACUUGGUCAUGGAGACUGGUCACAGACCAGACUUUUGGUUUCUUCAGUAGGCUUUUUUUUUUUUUAAUUUUAGUGUUCUCUGGAAAUAUUACCCUAUACAUUUUUCCAAAGUAUAGAAAUAGUCAUUAUUAUUAAAAUAUCUUAAUUUUCUUGUGUCUUCUGCUGUCCAUUGUACUUUAAAAAAAAUAUUUUUAUAGUUUAAAAUAAUUGAUCAAACUCAUCUUAUCUUGAAAUUGCCAGUUAAUUUGAUCCAGUAAAUUUACCUGAAUCUCCUUUUACAGUUCCACAAAAUUCUAAUUGAGUUGAGUGUAAUUUACCAAUUCCAUUAUAUAAGUAAACAAUGCCACCUUCUGUAAAAGAGCAAAUCACCAUCAAAUAACUUCCUUUUUAAAAAUUUCUGGACUACUAAAAUUGAUCUAAGAAUAAAUCUUUUAGAAUACUAGAUUUUCAAUUUUAUUUUUUUUUUGGUGUAUGCAUAAGAUGUGAACUUUCCUAAUGUAUCUCUUUAUACCAAUAGAGGUGUACAUUUUUUUUUCUAUGCUAUGGCUAGGGCAAAAAUUAAAGAUUAUUUACACAUUUAUCUAAAUUCUUAGGAUAUUUACCAUCUUGGAUAUUACAUAUGAUUUAAAAAUACUAGUCCAUACAUUUUUCUGGAUCUACAAUAGAGGGAAGUGUUUCAUGUGAAUUCUUUGUAUCAUUUUAAAGUGCACAUAUGAAAUGGAAAGGAAAAGCAUGGGUUCAAUUUGUCUUCAUCAUGAAAAUCUAGGUAUGGUAAAAUACUUUAAAACAAAUACAUAGUAUGGUGAACUUUGUAUGUCACAUGAUUAGGUAAACUGAAAACUAAUAAUAGAAAUAUUAUCUUAUGGCAUUGAAAUACAAUGAAAUUCCAGAUUUGUUAGUUUCAUGAGCAGUUUUGUGCUAUCUUAAUUUUACAUUUCCAGAAAGACAAAUGAACUGAUUUUAGCUGUGUUGUCCGUAAUUCACAAAAUACAUACAUAUAAUUCAUAAAAUCAUAUUUUUUUCUGUUUUUCUUGAGGUCAGGGAAAGAAACAUUUUCAUAUUUCUUUUCAUUCCUCAAAUGAGGUCUCAUAACUAUGUGUCAAUGAUAUAAGAUGAUGGAGGACUUUGUAAUAAAAACAGAUGUCAUCUUCAAUUUGCUCAAUAAAUAAUUUAAUGUGAAUUUAA